AUGCUUCUGGGUCUGACGGAUUCGGUGCACGCUAUUCGAUUCACCGCCAUUCCAUUGGUUGCGAGGCUGUUGGAUCAACUCUCCCUAGGCACUGUGCAGAAGUUUUUGGAUCACAUCAUUGAGCUGUUCAAUCGACAAGAAGUGGAAACGUGGGAAGUUGCUGAAGGACUUUUAAAUGCCCUCGGUCUGUUAGUCAAGCGAAUGAUGCCCGAGGCAGGGCACACCCACGGUUCUCCAACCGGUAUGUCCUCGGACACUUUCGAAUACCACGUACUGCCGAGGAUCAAGGGUUUGGUGUACAAUUUAUUCGACUACGAACACCCGUCGGUUCGAAGUGGCGCUGUUCAGCUGCUUCUUACAUGCCUGAAACGUUGUCAGCGCACCGUAAGUUGUGAUCCUCAUGUCAUCUUCAUCUGA